AUGGCCCAACCAAACUCUGGUCAAGAGUUCACUAUACUCGACGCUAGCAUCGCCGAGCUACAGAAUGCACUCUCAUCUGGAUGGCUUACCAGCGUUGAUUUGGUCUCGCGCUAUCUGCGACGUAUCAGUGUCUAUGAUGCCAACGGACCAAAACUCAGUGCUAUUCCAAUUCUCAAUCAAUCCGUUUUUGAUGAAGCUACCGCAUCAGAUGCCAGACGUGCCGCAGGAUUACCGCCACGACCACUGGAAGGCAUUCCCUAUCUGGUGAAAGACAAUAUCAAAGUCAAAGGCAUGACAGUCGCCAACGGAUCGCCUGCCUUUGAGAAACUCAUUGCAAAUGAAGACGCGGCAUGCGUGCAGAUUCUCCGGAAUGCUGGCGCGGUCCUCCUCGGGCGGACCAACAUGCCAGCGAUGGCAUAUGGUGGUAUGCAGCGCGGAGUCUGGGGACGUGCUGAGAGUCCUUAUAACAGCAAUUACCUGGCAGCGGCAUAUGCUUCUGGCUCAUCGAAUGGCUCUGCUGUCGCCACAGCAGCAAACUUCUGCACAUUCUCUCUGGGGACCGAGACUGUCUCGUCUGGUCGGUCGCCUGCAUCGAAUAAUGCUAUCGUUGCGUACACACCUUCUAAGGGACUGCUCCCACUUCGGGGUGUAUUCCCUCUCUAUCCGACCUGCGAUGUAUUGGUCCCUCAUACCAGGACCGUCGAGGAUUUAUUCCAUGUGCUUGACGUGCUAGGUGUACCUGAUCCGGCACCAGCGGGCGAUUUCUACAAUGAACAGCCGUUUGUCAAACUUCCUACAAUGAAUACUAUUCGUCCUGAUUCUUUUACAACCCUGAAGGAUAAUGCUUCAUUGAAGGGUAAGCGCAUUGGUGUACCUUCAAUGUACAUUGGAGGAGACGAUGCCUCCAUUCUACCUGUCAGCAAAGUGAGCACACGAGCCUCUAUCAUCAAGCUCUGGCGAGAAGCAAGGAAGGCACUGGAAGCCUGCGGCGCUGAAGUGGUGGAGACCGACUUCCCUCUUGUGACAUCCUAUGAAUCCAAUGCGGCCUCGGGUCAGUUGGUUACUGUUGAUAAUCUCCCGGAAGGCUGGCAGGCCAAAGAACGAUGCGAGGUUGUCUCCCAUGCGUGGGAUGACUUUGUCGUUUCAAAUGGCCAGAAAGAUCUUCCUUCUCUAACGGUUGUUGAUCCUACUACAAUCUUUCCCUUGGCCCCGGGCUCCCUCCUUGGCACCCCCGAGGCGGCCAACAAGCCACGAUGGGGCGAGAUUGUGGCAUAUCCGCACACCAAGCCAUCUUCCAUAUUCGAAAUCCCAGGAAUGAAGCAGGCAAUCAAUGCUCUUGAGCAUGCUCGAAAGGCAACCUUCGAAGACUGGCUGGACAAGCUCGGCCUGGAUGCUGUGGUUUUCCCUGCAAAUGGCGAUGUGGGCGCAUCUAAUGCUGACAAGGAUGAGGAGACCUCACUAUUUGCAUGGAGUAAUGGCGUUAAAUACUCCAAUGGCAAUCGGCCAAUCCGUCACCUCGGCGUUCCAACGAUUUCAGUUCCAAUGGGUGUGAUGGAGGAUACACAUAUACCAGUGAAUCUCACUUUUGCGGGCAAGGGGUAUGAGGACAUUGACCUACUACGAUAUGGAUAUGCCUUCGAGAUGGCGUCCAAGUGCCGGCUCCAGCCGCCCGAUGUGCCAGCGUUGCCUUCUGAUCGUAUUUCGGUCAACGGUACAUCCCAAAGCCUAGUGGAACUCGCAGUGGAAGGGCAGGUCAAGGAGGUUAACGACUCGACGGUGCUUGUUCAAAUACAAGGAUCUGUUCGUGUGUCUGGUGAUAGUCCCGUGCACUUGACAUGCUAUGUGAAUGGAGAGCCAUGCGAUGCCAUCGUGGAGAAUGGCAAGUGGUCUCUAACGACAACAUACCCAAUUUCUGAGCGGGAUAGACCUUGGGAAAUGUGGAAGAGUCCAGCUCUCAAUCAGACAAUUGUCGUCAUUACUGCACACACCGGCACAUGUGCUACAGCUGGAAAGAUGAUACUCUUGUGA